GCAUGGCGGCGAAUGUGACACUUUCAGAAUUGCAAAUUCCAGAGGAGGGUGUAAAUAGCGACAGGGUCCGGAUCUAUGCCGAGUAUAAAUCACAUCUAUCAGUUCUUAAUGUGACGUUAGAUUUUGGAACCAGGUGUCACAAGCACAUCUCAGUUUCUACAGACCAGACUACUGUUACUGCUGAACUUAACAUUGGACAGUGUAUGUUCCAUUUAGAGAAUGUAGAGUUGCUUCCCCUGUCAUGUAGAGGUUUGCAAUGGCAGCCAUAUGGAGAGCUUCAGAUGACUCUGCAGGUAAAAGAUGAGAAGCAACGUUUAGACUGCGAAGAUCAGUUUGGGAUUGCAUGUAGAAAACAGGAGGAUGUUUGCGCCAACAUUCAGACACAUCAAAACAAAUGUUUUUGUGCUUGCUGUGGCAAAAAAAUACUCAAAGAUCACAGUGUCUUCUCACGGGUUUUGCCACUUCCUUCUGAAAACUGGUCAGAUGUAGCUGAAUUCUGGUUUUGUCAUCGCCAUGGUGAUGAAGAAGAUCACACUCCAACAGUGGCUCCCAAACCUGGAGAUUGUUUAGUGGGCAGUCUUCAUGUUCUCUUAUCUCAGUCCCACAUGAAGAUGAACUCUGUGACUUGCAGUGACAACAGUGAACUGAUCAGAUGCAGCCGAUGUGGAAAUGUACUCGGAAUCACUCUGGAUGAUGAUGAUGUUAAACCACAAAAAAAUGGGUUGACCCGUGCGAGCAGUGAUCCCAAGAAGGCCACGCCCCUCUGUCACCUGUAUCUCCAUGCUGUAGCAUUCCAGGACCAGCCUGCUGAUGGUCUAACCCCAUCUGUGUGGAGUGCCUCUAGUGUCGAAGUGUUCCUGUGUCAGUUGUUGCUGGAACAGAGUCGCCUCUACACCAGCUACCGAUUCCUCCUCCAGUCGAAUCAUGUGAAACAGGAGAACACUGUUAAAGUCCUCUUAUGGCUGAUCGAUCAGGACCUAACUCUCUACAUGGGAGAAGGUCACUUGACCCAACCCUCACACAAUGUCAAGGUCACUGGCAGCAGGGUGGCCAAGGUGCUCUAUCGGUCAACUGUUGGAAAAACGGACAGUUCAGCUUCAAGUCGCUGUGACACGUUCCUGUACCAGACAUGGGAGAAGGAUAACACUGUUCACGGCCUGAUGCUGCCACGCCCACUCAUUCUACAGCUGGUGUCCCUGCUCGUCAGCAACACAUCCCUCCUGCCCCCCUCACACAGACAUCUCAACGGCUUCCAUGUGAGUUUCCUUAUGAAGGAUCGAGUAGAAGAAAAACAACUACCCAAGAAGACGUAGGGACCAGCACUGACCUGUGCCAUACUGCCUGUGCUGAUAAUUGUUUCCAGAUCUAUACACAAAUAUAUAUGUAUAUGUUUACCAAUCUGUUUACACCCAAUCUGGGCAACUGCGCAUUCCAUGCAUUGAGCAAACAGCCUGCCCAAUGCACACAAUGGGCAGCUGCACAGAUUGGGUGUAACAUAAACAUAUAUAUUUGUAUAUAGGUCUGGUCAGGCAUUUUGCUGUAUAUAUUUAAGAGCAUUGUUUUGCAUAACAUGUUUAUCAUUUAUGCAUUUAUAAAGCAACUUUUAAUUCA